UAAUCAUUGCCAAAACCACAGUAAUAGUAAUAAUUGUUGUUAUCAUCGACCAACUGACAUAUUUAUUGAGCACUGCUGUGUAACAGACACUGUCUUCUGUGCUUUCCACCUAAUCCUGUUUAAUGAGAUGGAUACCGUUAUCCUGAUUUUACCAAUGAGGAAACUGAGGCAGAGAAAAACAGGUAGUUGGCUCAAGGUCACACGGCAUUAGACGGUAGAGCCAGGACGUGAAUUCAGGCAGGCUGACACUGAAGGCUGACACAUUCAGAACCACUGCCUAAACUGCCUUUCAGGACCAUAUUCACGGUGCAGUUGAUUUGUAUUGUGUUUCACACGUGACAAAGCCUUUUUACAUACGUGAUCUCUUUGGGUGCUUAAGGCAGUAAGGUAGGUAGGUAGACAGAAGUAGCAUUAUCCUCCUCAUUGUAUACACUAAACUAAGGCCCAAAAAGUCAGGUGGCUCACAAAGCGCAGUCACUCCGAACCAGAGCCUAAAUCCAGAUCCUGAGGUUCCAAAUUCAUUGUUCUUUCUGUACACGACAGAUGCCUCAUGUGCAAGCCAUGGGAAUUAAAAUACCUCUGAGGCAUGAGGCUCAAAUGAGAUAGUAACUGACAUUUCUUGAGCACUCACUGUGUGUCAGACACCGUUCUAACCUUUCUGUAUGUAUUGCUCAUCUAAUCAGCACAGCUGCCCGAUGAGGUAGGUACUGUUAUGUCACUGGUUUUCAAGUGGGUAAACAGAGACUCAGAGGUAAGUGACGUGUAGAUUUAUAUAACUUAAGUGGUAGAGCCAAGAUAAGGGAAGUGAAAGCAUCGUGGAUUUAACACUCAUAGUUUCAACAAUUUGCAAGAGACUGAAGGCCCAUGAUAUCAUUUAUAGUUUUUCUAGGGCACGACUUUUGAAUCCUGCUUUUGGAGCUGGCAUAUGUAGAGCAAGUACUUGAACUGGCUGCGGGCUGAGCCAGCCACCCAGAACCUCCAUCUCAACAUACCCCUGUUCCUUCCCCUUGUUACACGGAAUUGGCCUUGUGUGCAGAAGAGACUGGGUCCUUAAAGGCAAUGCAGGAAUCUCAGCACUGUCCACUGCAGCCAGUGAAUCACUGGCCUGAGGGACAGUCCCAGAAGCAGUGGGUGAAGAACUCAUGCCCUGACCUUCCCGAGCAUCUAGACACCAAGAUAGUGCCACACCCCUUGAAAGAAAGUGCUGUCCUCACUCCCCGAGUCCCUACUCUCCCAAAGACGGGGAGUGUUGGAGAUUGGGAGGUGACUGCUGAGUCCCAGGAAGCCCUGGGCCCCAGCAAACACGCUGAGAAGGAGUUCUGCGAGGACCCCCCAGGAGACAGCUGUGGGAAUGGCGUGUCCCUGGGGGCUCCAGUUUCCAAACCAGGUAUCAACUGCCAGCGAGAGCAAGGACCAGGAUUUUGGCGUCCGAGCUUUAUCAAUUCUGGAAAGAGGAACACUGCAGAUUACACCUUGGAUAAUGAGCAAACAAAACCAGCCCAGGCAUCGGCCUGGAGAGAUUCCAGGGCCUGGGAGGAACAACACCAAUGGGACACGGAGGACAUGAAGGUGUCAGGUGUGCACUGGGGCUAUGAGGAGACCAAGACUUUUCUGGCAAUUUUGAGUGAGUCUCCUUUCUCUGAAAAGCUCCGGACUUGUCACCAGAACCGCCAGGUUUACCGGGCCAUUGCAGAGCGGCUGAGGGCAAGGGGCUUCCUGCGGACACUGGAGCAGUGUCGCUACAGAGUCAAAAACCUCCUGCGGAACUACCGGAAAGCCAAGAGCAGCCACCCACCAGGGACCUGCCCCUUCUAUGAGGAGCUGGAGGCCCUGGUGAGGGCGCGGACGGCCAUCAGAGCCACCGAUGGCCCAGGAGAGGCUGUGGUGCUCCCCAGGCUGGGGGACAGUGAUGCAGAGAUGGAUGAACAGGAGGAAGGGGGCUGGGAGCCUGAAGAGACAGCAGAAGAUUGUAAUGGUGAUGACCUGGCCACUGAUGAGUCUGUCCAGGAGCCCAGGAUUCCAGGGGGCCCAGCUCUGUUCCAGAGUCGUAUUGCAGGUGUGCACUGGGGCUACGAGGAGACCAAGGCCUUCCUGACCAUUCUCAGUGAGUCCCCAUUCUCUGAAAAGCUUCGCACGUGCCACCAGAACAGCCAGGUUUACCGGGCCAUUGCAGAGCGGCUGUGUGCACAGGGCUUCCUGCGGACACUGGAGCAAUGUCGGUACAGAUUCAAAAACCUCCUUCGAAGCUACCGGAAAGCCAAGAGCAGCCACCCACCAGGGACCUGCCCCUUCUAUGAGGAGCUGGACUCACUGAUGAGGGCACGGACUGCGGUCAGAGCCAUGGGAACCCUCAGGGAGGCAGCGAGUCUCUCUAGGUCUGGGCAGAGCAGUACUGAGGCUGACGACCAGGAGGCCUGGGAUGAGAUGGCAGAUGAAGUUGGCCUCAAAUCUCCCACCCUGUGUCCAGACACCCCAGACACUGGUUUUGAGAUGAGGCAUAAGGACGAAGACCAGAUUUCAGAGCAAGAUAUUUUUGAGGAUUUGCCUGGAGCCUUAUCAAAAUGUACUGGAAAGGAUGUUUGCCACCCUCAUGACUGGGGGCAAGACAGUGAAAAUGAAGGUGGAGGUGAAGGGCAGUGGGGAAAUCCCCCCCAGGAGCAGUGGGAAGAAUGUUCUUCUGAAGAGGACUUAGAAAAACUCAUCGACCAUCAAGGCCUGUACCUGGAAGAGAAGCCCUACAAGUGUGACACGUGUGUGAAAAGCUUCAGUCGGAGCUCGCACUUCAUUGCCCACCAGCGGAUCCACACAGGCGAGAAGCCUUACAAAUGCCCUGAAUGUGGGAAAGGCUUUAGCGAUCGCUCCAACCUCAAUACCCAUCAGAGAAUCCACACAGGAGAGAAGCCCUACAGGUGCCUUGAGUGUGGGAAAAGCUUUAGCGAUCACUCCAAUCUUGUCACCCACCAGAGAAUCCACACAGGGGAAAAGCCCUAUAAAUGUGGGCAAUGUUGGAAAAGCUUCAACCAGAGCUCCAACCUCCUGAAACAUCAGAGAAUCCACGUGGGAGGCAAUCCUGAUCAUUGCUGCGAGGCAGGGGAAACCUUUGGCCAAAGCCCAUCCUUCAGUGCUCCCUGGAGGAACUCUACGGAAGAGACAUCUCUUGAACAACCUCAGAGUGCCAGCAAGAACUUGAAUUCUGGCCUGCACGGCAGCAGCUCAGGGGAAAAGCUGUAUCCGUGUCCUGAAUGUGGAAGAACCUUCUCUAAGAGCUCUGCCCUCAUUAGUCACCAAAGGAUCCAUACGGGAGAGAAGCCGUAUGAAUGUGCUGAAUGUGGGAAGAACUUCAGUAAGAGCUCCACGCUGGCUAACCACCAGCGAACCCACACGGGGGAGAAGCCAUACACGUGUGUGGACUGUGGGAAGGGCUUCAGUGAGCGCUCCAAGCUCAUCACGCACCAGAGAGUGCACACGGGAGAGAAACCCUACAAAUGCCUGGAGUGUGGCAAGUUCUUUCGUGACCGUUCCAACCUCAUUACUCACCAGCGGAUUCACACGGGAGAGAAGCCUUACAAGUGCAGAGAGUGUGGGAAAUGUUUUAACCAGAGCUCCAGUCUCAUUAUUCACCAGAGAAUCCACACUGGGGAGAAGCCCUACAAGUGCACAGAGUGUGGCAAAGACUUCAACAAUAGCUCCCACUUCAGCGCCCACCGGAGAACCCACGCAGGAGGAAAAGCAUCGUAGGAGGCCCCCCCGCCCCCCGUCACGGCAAAGAGAUAAACGCAUAUUGAAAUCUCCCCAGAGCGUAAGAUGUGUGCUAGGAGCUUUCCGAAUUCUUAAGCUUGGUGUAUACCCAGGCAAGUUAUCUUGGCCUAAUCCAGGUUAUUUGGAAGUGAAUUACAGAUGCUAAGGGUCUGGAUUUGAAGGCACUUUUCUUAAGUGUAAUUUGUUUUUCUCCUGUAAAAAAACCCUGUGCAACCCUCAGGCCCUCCUUAUAUUUGCUGUCACGUGAGGACUUGAUCAGUGUUUGAGCCAAACUGGUCAUGUAGGAGUUUAGAGGUACAUCAGGGGUCCUGAGCAGUGAGUCCAAACCUCGCUGUGCCUUCACACUGUCCACAGGUACAGAUGUUCUGUUGGCACACAUCAGCAAAUUCUCACGUGGCGGAUUUCGGUUGGGGUGUAUCCGUACAGGAGAGCUUUAAGACUGGCGAGAGAGGGCAUAAUUGGGAAUCAGUGGCUUAAAGCAGACCGCCAUGACCUCAGCAGAGAGGAGGAACCUCAAUGAUGUCCUUGAUAAAUUAUUAACAAUAGCAAAAGUAGCUGGUAUUUAUCGAGCAUUUACUCUGGCAGGCUCCGUGCUAAGCACUUUGUGCACAUCAUCUCAUCUCCUCCUCACAGCGGUGCCGGGAGAUAGGUACUAAUAGUGUCCCCAUUUCCCAGAGGAGAGAGCCGAGGCUUGGGAAAGCCAAGUAACUUGCCUGGUGGCGCAUCUGAAAAUGGCAGAGGCAGGCUUUAACCAGAUCUGUCUCUGGAGCCUAAGGUGUUCCUGACCAUUCUCCUGAAUCCCCUUCUGCAUUAGGGCAGGUAACUCAGGUGUGAGGAUCCCAAAGCACUUUGUGGACCACAUUUCCUACUAAAAUUCCUUUAUGAAUUCUCCUUUUAGCAAAUAGGGAAACCGAGAAUCCCUAAAGAGCAGAGGGCCUGGGAUGGUCUGAACCGGCAAUGCUUUGAGCAAGGCUGAGCUAUUAUUAAAGCACUUGCUGUGGAUUUCUAUCUUUGCAACAAUAUGGGUGAGAGAUACAGGGGGUUGAGACAGGGAAGACCUGUAACCACAGUGAUGUUUCUCCCCAUGAGAUACUGCUUUGGGGAAGGAAAUGGGGUUUAAGAAUUUCCCUUUCCUCAGGGAGUCAGUCCUGCUCAAGUUAGACUUGGCUGAACUGAACGUUAAGCCUUACAGGAACUUGGGCCUCUAGUUUUGCCUCCCUGGGCCUUUCCCUGUUGGCGGAAGCGUGUUUCUGAUGGCCAUGCCAUGGCUGAUCAGGGGGGAGGUGGGAGGAGGUGGUGUGCUCCCACUGAGAGGGCACUGAAUGCUGUCCUGCAGCCCAGCUGCGUGGCACAAUUUCAUCCUGCGAGAAGGAGCGUGAGGCAGUCGGGUCCUCACAUGCUGAAGAAUGCAGCGGUCAGGACCUAUGGGUGCCCUGGGUUCUCCCUGCUUUAUCCCAUUCCUGCACCCCUGGUCGGGGAUAGCUCCCUGCCUCCAGGCUGCAAAAAGAAGUUUGUGUUUAGUCACUUUGUGGAGAAGGGUAACCCCCUUUGGGGACGGGGGUGCAGAGCUUUGAAGUACUGAGUGGGUGCGGGUGUGGUGCGAAGCCACAGGCUGCUGUCUGAACUUCCGUCCUGGGGCUGCUGCGGAUGGCAUUGGCUUCCCAGUGUGUACGUGCCCGGGACUUCCAGAUCUGUCUUCUGCCCUGGGCUCUCCUCUUAGGAGCCCGGUCUCCUCCCUGCCAGUCCUACCUGAGUGACUCCGGGGCCUCUCCAGCCACCCGUGCCCCUCCCUCCCCCCCCCCCCCCCACGCACUGUGACCCCUGCAGCCAUCUUCAGCCUGGGCCCAUCCAUUCGGCAUGCACAUUACGUACACACUGGCCCACAAAGCAGCCUCCUUCACACAACGCCGGUGAGGCACACACAGUCAGACUCCUACAGACUCAGGGCCCCAGACACGCUCUCCCUCCUAAGGGCAUUUUCCAGUGGGCCGUGGUUCCCCAGCACCGCGGGCAGUCUUCCCAGGGGAGCCUACGGUCAGAAUGAAUGUGGUGAAGCAUCCCCUUCUCUCAGUCUUGAUGCCACCUCUCCUUCCGAUGCUCCUUAGUGUCCUCUCUGAGCAGCAGACACCAGUGUUGAGCCCCUGCCCAGGCUGCGACUGGAGGCUCUUGCUACAUGUAGCGCGAGGUCAGGGAAGGCCUGGCAGGAGAGGGGUUCAAGUUGUGCCGGAGUCCAGGGGGGCAGCCGCUGCUUCCCACGGCUCCUGCUGCUGUCUCUCCCGACACCACCAUUACCACUACCAUGUCUUUAGCGCCAUCUUUUCCGUCACUCUGACUAGAGGCAAAUCUGGAACUAUCUCCACCUCCCUCUACUUCCCCGCCCCACGCUGGGGACCUCACUGCCCUCUGGUGCACUUCCCACCCGGUCCCUGUCAGAACCCUGGGAGGAGUCUGCGCCCGGUGACCCUGCCCUGUGCUGCCCGGAGGAAGAGGCCCCUCUUCUCAGUGUGGCUCAGGCUCCCCGCUUCUCAAGGCUGAGAGCCGCUUUGUUCUAAGAGCCACUUAGCUGAGUCAAGAGCGUCAGAACGGGCAAGGCAGGAUCCAGUUGAACAAUUUUACCUACACACAGUGAACAGGUAGAAUAAGGGUCCACACAGACAUCACGUUUCUAAUGAGGGUGCGGUGAGGGAUUCCCUUGAUAUGGGAACCAUUCUGAUCCUGUCUGCUAUUACGUAGUACUUUCUGAAGUCACAUUUAUUUUUCACAUUUUCAUUGUUGGAAAAGACUCCAUAACUGUGGCGCCUAGAGGGUGAGGAAGGGAGAAAAAGGAAACACAAUGUGCCUCUAAGGCUGGUUCUGGAUCAGCCUUACAGAUUCAUGUGAGCCCAAGCAGGAGAGGAGCCUCGGGCAGCAGUGACCGAGCCACUGGCACUGGAAUCUCUUGGGAGUCACCGGGGCUCAGGGAGCCCUACUGUGGUGCCAAGUGACAAAUAUAACACCUGGGGGAAAGGACUCCCCUUCUUUCUUCAGUGUAGAACAUGGCCUGGCCUCAGUUCUUUGGGGCGUCCACAGACCACGGAGAAGCUUCUGCAAAGUUAGAGGCAAUGGAGAUGAGUAUGAGGGUCAAGGGCAUGUCCUGGUGAUGGUGAGGAGCUGCUUUGAGACCCUCACUCCAACUUCACCGGGUAGGGGGGUGGGCAGGGCAGGAGAAUACCCCUAUAGACAGCAGCCGACAAGGAAAAGCUUGUUCACGAUCAUAUAUGCAGCCCCUGACCCAACCCCAGUCCUGAAGUUUCCCAGAAACAGAGGAGGUGAGGCAAGCCGGGCUGGAGGUCACGCUAAGCCCUUCCGGCACAUCCUGGGCAUUUUCUCCAGGGACUUCCCUUGAGCAACUAAUUUCUUAUGAAAACUAGACAUUGGUGAUUGAUCUUAGUGACUGUGAAAUGAAAAUGCGAUAAAUUUUGGCCACCAGGAGGCUCAGAGGUUCAAGAUCCAGUUCCAAAAACUGAGCAGGCCCUUUUGGUUAGCAAUUUGUGCAUCGAUCCCUGACUUCAUUUUGUCUGGCUUUGUUUUCACUUCCUUAUCUUUUACUAUCUUCUGGUUUUUUUUGGUGGUGUUAUGUACAUCUUUUAAAGCUGGUCAAAUCCUAUUUUGGGAUGCAGUGGCCUGAUGAAUUAAUAAAUUAUUCUGAUUAAACAAAGAAAAA